UCUCGACCCUCGCACGCCGAGCACCGCCGUCCAAUCUGAAUAUGUGGGAGGAGCGCGUCCGCCCACAAAAGCCACAGCUAUCUCACCGUAUCUCCCCCUUUUAAAAAAAAAAAAUCAAUUGUGCACGAAAAAAAAAGGGGAAUACGCUUAAAAAAUACAAACAUUAGUGACGGCUUGUCUUCGUUUAACAGCGGACGGAGAGAAGCGGCGUGAGACGCGGCGGUGACAGCAGCCCGGACAGACAGGAGGGUGUUGUCCUGAUGCUUAAAUGGAAGUGGGUGGGCCUCUACGGUCACACACUGCCUACUUCUCUCUGGAUAUCGGUGUGACAGGCGCCGAUUUGCUCGUUUAUGGACUCUCUCUCCGGUAAAACACUCGCUCGACAGGGUCGCGGGGAGCCCCGGCGGAGCGGCACGGUCGCCGCAGCUCUUUGUUGUCGGGCGCUGCUCGCCUGCGCCUCCGCUUGGCACCGCCCUUUCUGGCCGGUGGGUGGUUUUCGUCAAACGGGCAGAUCCGCACGGCCCAGAUCCGAACAUAUAGGCCCGUCCUCCGCCUCUGUACCCGGCCGGCCUUCCGCCGUGAACUACACCCUCUCCCUCCCGGUAUAUUAAUGCGUUAUGAGUGACUCCAAGAAGGAAUCAUCUGCAACCGAAGGAGGGAAAGCGUCUAAAAGAGGGAAAAGUUCUGGAUCGCAGGAUUCCUCUCAGCCCUCUCCUUUGGCUCUGCUGGCAGCCACCUGCAGUAAGAUCGGAGGGCAGGGGGGAGCAGAAGGGGCCCAGGCCCAGACUGGUGCCCAGCAGAUCCAGCUACAGGCAGGUCAAAUCCAGCUACAGGCAGGUCAGCUUCAGGGUCAGAUAGUGGUGGACGCAGCUGGGGCUCAGGCGUUGCUGCCCCAGCAGCUGGAACUGAUCCCAGCUCAGUUCACGGGGAACGGCUGGCAGAUCAUUACAACAGCGCCUACUAUGGCCAAGGAGAACAGUAGUCAACCUGUUGCUGUGACUGUGGCCACCACUUUGGCUAACGACAGCUCACCUGUUGGACACAAGCAGGUAAAGGCAACAGUUGGAACCAACAGCGUUGCAGCCAAUCAGCAACAGCAGCAGCAACAGCAGCAGUUCCAGAUCAUCCAAGUUCAGAACCUGCCCAAUGCUGGUGGUGGAGUUCAGUAUCAGGUUAUCCCUCACCUCCAAACCGCAGAUGGACAGCAGAUCCAUAUCAGCCCCCAGUCGGCGUCCAUUGGGGCUCUAUCUGAGCCAGUUCAGCUUAUCCAGACCCAAAACUCAAGCCAGACCCAGGCUAUUCUCCAGCCAACCACCCAGCAGGCUGUCCUGCCUAGCACGGCCAAUCAGACCGUUCCACUGCAGAUCCGUCCCACACAGUCAUUCCCCCUUCAACUGCAGACUCUGCAAGGCUCCCAGACACCUGUUAUGACUACAGUACCCAUAAACAUUGGUGCCAUGACCCUGGCUUUGCCCGUGAUCAAUAAUGUUGGAGGAGGCGGGGCUGUGCAGCUUAUCCAAUCAGCAGACGGCACAUUCUCCGUCGCAAAUGGAAACCAGCUGGUGGCAACGGCAGUGCCUGGAGUGGCUCCUGCUCCACCUGCAACUGGAUCCACGCAGGUAGUGGCCGAAAGUGACAGUGUCCCGGAUGGGGCCCAAGUAGUUUCUGCUGGAUCGGAGGGGGGAUCCACAGAAAGCCAAAUGCCGACUGAAGCAGACUCUCAGAGCCAGAGUCAAGCCAACGGGCUGCAGACCCAGACAGAUGCAGCUGGAAGCAUCCAACAGGUCAUCGUGGGCCAAGUAGGGCACCAGUUGCUGCAGCAGAUUCAGCUGCAACCCCAAACGCAGAGUCAAGGUCAGAUGCAGAACCAGCAGCAACCUCAGCAUAUUCAGACCCUGCAGCUGGCUCCAGGACAAACUCUGCAGCCCAUUCAGGCCUUCCAGAACCCCGCCCAGGUUCUUAUCCGUGCCCCAACCCUAUCACCCUCUGGGCAGAUCACCUGGCAGACGCUGCAGCUGCCUGGCGGAGUCUCCCUGCAGGGCGGUCUGGGGACAGCGAUGCCACAGCAGCUGACUCUGGCCCCAGUAGCUGGGGGGACAACGGUUGGAGGUGGAGGGCUCGUUUCCCUGAGUGGAACUCCCUUGACGCUGAGUGCAGCUCAGAUCAAUCCAGGCUCCGGGGUCCAGACGGUCAGCAUCGCAGGACUGGGCACAGCUGGGGUUCAGGUGCAGGGUGUACCCCUCACCAUUACGGGUCUACAGGGUCAACCACAGGGUCAGGAUGGGGCCAAAGUUCAGUCCACUCCUGUGACCGUCACUGUUGGCAGUGUGGCUACAGGUUCAUCAAUGAGUCCAGACCAGCUCGGUACAAUUCAGAGUUCUUCAGACCAGGAGGGGCCAACAAGCAAGAGGCUUAGACGUGUCGCCUGCUCCUGUCCAAACUGCAGGGAUGGAGAGGGAAGGAAUAGUGGAGACCCUACAAAGAAAAAGCAGCACAUCUGCCACAUGGAGGGGUGUGGAAAGGUGUAUGGCAAAACAUCUCACCUAAGGGCCCACCUGCGCUGGCACACUGGUGAGAGGCCGUUUGUCUGUAACUGGAUCUUCUGUGGCAAGAGGUUCACACGGAGUGACGAACUGCAGAGACACCGGAGAACACACACAGGAGAGAAGCGCUUUGAGUGUCCUGAAUGCUCAAAGCGCUUCAUGCGCAGUGACCACCUCUCAAAGCACAUCAAGACCCACCAGAACAAGAAGGGUGGAGCCGCUGUGGCAAUCAUCACCACUGAUGACAUGGAGGAAGAAGCCCCAGAAGGCCUGCCUGAAUCCCCUCAGAUCGUCUCCGUAGGAACGCUCACGCGGGACUCUGAACCCGCUACGCCUACCACCUCCAAUCACCUGGAGGAAGGAGGAGAGGAGGAGGAAGAGUUUGAAAAGGUGACUGACUUCUGAUUCAUAGCCGAAGGCUGGGCUUCCUGUUUUUUCGGAGGUCUUUGUGGGGACUAAGGAUUGCUACUGGUUUUCUUUUUAUUUGUUUUUUUUAAUUAUUUUUACACAAAUAUAAAAAAAAAUGCUGUUUGCUUAAUAAAAGCAGUUCAGAAGAUAAAGGAUCAUUCAAAAAAAAAAAAAAUAGGCAUCACAGUCUAAAAAAGCUAACAUAUAAGAAACAUUUAGACUGAGUGUAUAAAAGAUUAGUUUGACAUUUAUAGAAUUAAUCUAUAACUAUUCCAUGUGCAGUUGGGGAAAGAAACAUACGAAGAUGAGCACAAGACAGGGGGACCUGCUGAAUUUAAAACCAUCCAACACUGAGAGGCAUUUUCCUAACAGAAUCUAACUCUAUGCACAAAGUUGUGUUCCCGUUUCAUACCUGUCAGACAGUGCUGAGGGUCAAUCAUGUGCGCGGCAAUUGCAGGUCGGUUGCAGAGCAUUGACAAGAGCAGGGGCAGGCUUGGGAGUGUGUGAGUGUGUGUAAAUGUGACCUGCAUGAAUGAGUAUGUAUUUGUAUUCCCACGCUGUCCCCCCAGAGGAUCUACCUAAAGUGAGUUUUAUUAAUGGUUCAGGUUUUGUCCUCAGAUCAGAUUCAGGUGUUGAUUCCUUUGAUUAGUCAACAAAGAAAACUGUUCUUGAAGAGGAUGAGUAAGGACUAAUUCUAAAAGAAAUGAAGACUAGAAAAAAAAGCACAUAUUAAAAGGUUUAUGGAGAAAAGAAAUGCAUUCCUAUUGAGGCACAGUGGCCAUUAGAGAAAAAAAAAAAGGUUUCUAUAGAGAAAAACAAUCUAGCUUUCUACAACUUUGUUUGUGUAGUGAAAGCAAUACUAUAAUGACAAUCCUAGUGAAACUAUGUUUACAUUGUCAGGGGAAGUUUUAUUUGUUAAUAACGAUGGCCAAUUCGCUCUAAGAUUCGGGAAUACAUUGGGAAAGAAGUUCUGUCAUCUGAGUAAACCUGGUUGCAGUUAGCAGCUUCAGCAUCUCGGAAGCGGAUGUAUGAACAGGUUUGUCAGACGGCAGGACCGUCAUUGACGGUACUUAACGCUGCCUGUGCUCUGGUGCGCGCCCCUCUCAACCUCAGACUUUAUCACAUCUACCACAUGACGUUACCACAAUUGCCUUAACACAAGCUGUUGUAGGAAGGGCACUUCAGAGUGAGGCGGUGGAGAGAGGGGAGACCACAGCACGGGCUGGUAAAGUGAGAUGGGGGAGAAAAGCUACGGGUGGGUUGGGCAGUUUCACUUGUGGGUAUAAUAAGAUGUUUUUUCUGGUGGUGUUGCUCUGUGUUAGUUCAGUGCAUACAUUCUUUUUAAAUUAAAAAUACCUUUUAUUUUAUAGAAUUUAUCAGUUGUUUAAAUCCCUACUCCAGGUGUGUUAAUACACAGGACCCCGCUGUGUAUGGCUAAUUUAUUAUUUAUCUUUGAUUUGUUAAUAUUUGCCUUUUGCUGGUCUUGUAUUUGUGUGUGUUGUUUCUAAGGUUGUGUACAGCAUGUUUCAGUUCUUUGCCGUAGUGCUGCUUCUCUCCUUUUAAUCUUUUCGCUUUGGUUCUUUUUCUUUUUUCUACAUCUGACCGUUGCUCACAUCUUCUUUUUCUCUCUGCGCCAUCAUGUGUUUUUUGGAGAAAAAUACAUAAAAGAAGAUGAAGCAAAAAAAAAAAAGAAAAAAAAAGUGAAGUUAUUAUUGUUUAAAAAUUUAUAACAUUGAUACCAAACAAAUUUAGAUGUUUUUUGGUAAUCUUUUUGUGGUGACAACCAACUUUUUGUUUUUUCUUUGGUAUUUUGUAGUGACAUCUCAUUUGUAAAAUCUUUUUCUAAAGAUGUUUGUUCGUCUCCAUGACAUUUGAUAAUGGUUUUUUGCCAGGUUAGCCUCAAAGGCUCCAGUUUAUCGAUAUUUUUAAAACUGGUUUGUACAAAUGUGUUAUGUCAAUUAAUAAAAAAUAAAGAAAGAAAAAAAAAAUCAAGCAGAAAA